CACAGCACGAAGGACUGCACUAUAAUGAGAGAAGGAGAUGCUCGUAAAUGGUGACGAAAAUAGCAGGACUCUGUCAUAAUUUAUAAUCAAGAAAUUCUUUCUGGAUUGGGAAUAUUGGGGUGAUGUUAACAGACUGAUCUAAUUCACGAGGGGAGGAAAAGGGAUGGCGUUUUGCGUAAAAUCAGUCGAAACUGUGGAAACGCCAGAAUCCGUAGCUGUAGAUACAUAAUGGGUGUUGAUGGUGAGGUUGGUGCAUGAAUUGUUGUCUAAUUCUUCACUGGUCCUUCACACAUCCAAUGUGCAGUCCAGAUCAGAGUUUUGGUUCAUGCCUCAUUUCUAGAGAAACGACAAAGUGUUUGGAAUGCAUUUCUUCAAAAAAUGCUCGGUGUUUAAAGUGGUGCUGAGUGCUCUGCUUAUUGUAGCCCUGCUGCAGCUCAUCUACUUGUCGUUCCUGUCCAAACUGCAUGGCAAGCAGCAGCGGUACAAGUAUUCAGAGCUCUUCGGCUCCAAGAAGAACGCACAAACCAAUGAGAAGAACUCUAAACGGGAACGCCUGAGAUACUCUCUGUCCAGUGGAGGGAUCUUCGAUAGCAGUGGCCAAUACCGUGUGUACAAAAACCUCAUCAAGAGCGACUUCUCCAACAACCAGAAGCUGGGUGCAGAUUCAAGAUCCCAUCACCUGGCCUUGGCGACCCAUACCACCAUCAACAACCUUCACCAUUUGGAUUCGUUGCUUGAACGCUGGCAGAAUCCGCUCUCUGUGGCGAUUUUCGCUCAUGGCCAAGAUGUCAAGUUUGCCACUGCGCUUGUCUAUGCCCUCAGCCUCUUCUGUCCACGUGUACAAGCCUUGGUGGACUUCCACCUGGUUUGCCACUCGGAGGAGACGGCCAGCUUCCCAGAGCAAGACAGGGAGCACUUUGCUGGACUUGAAGAGCAAGGCUGUCCUGGUGUCUUUGCUAAGCUUGAAUCGCACCGGGACAAGCACAAGAACUACGCUAUGGGACGAAACAUCUCCUACCCCAACAACCUUCUCCGCAACGUGGCCCGGACAGGCACAGACGCCACCUACAUUCUCGUCCUUGACAUUGACAUGGUACCCAGCGCAGACCUGCAUCAUCAGUUCGUGAUCAUGCUGAUGAAGCACGAGCCGGCCCCGGACGAGGUGUUGGUCCUGCCUGCGUUUGAAAUUAGGCACACACGCAAGAUACCUGCUACGAAAUCCGAGCUUGCGCAGCUCUACCUGGUCGGUGAGGUGAGGCCCUUCUAUGAGGAACUUUGUCCACGAUGCCAGGCACCUACCAACUACUCCCGCUGGAUUAAUCUGGUUAGCAAGAGCACCGAACCUCUGAACGUGGCGUAUACACUCAACUGGGUUGACCCAUGGGAGCCCUUUUACAUCGGGGCCAAAUCGGUACCACUGUAUGACGAGAACUUCAGACAAUACGGCUUCAACCGUAUCAGUCAAGCCUGUGAGCUCCAUGUGGCAGGGUUCAAGUUCUCUGUGGUGAAUAAUGCCUUCGUGGUCCAUCGAGGCUUUAAGCUCCAGGGCGACUUUCACAGCCGCAAGGACGAGGAGAACCGCCGAAACCGCCUGCUAUUCCGCAGCUUCAAAGAAGGUCUUAAAAACAAAUACCCCAACUCCCCUCACCAAUGCUGAGGCCAGCAUCUCCUGAGAAACACCCGGUCCUCUUUAGUGCAGCUUUAAGGUACAAUUAAACACACAGAGGCAAAAGUGGUGAGUAUUGUAACAUAUUACAAACUGAAAAAAUGACUCUUUGUUACAGUUACUGAUGUCCUGACAUCUUGGCACAUAACAUGGACUUGCAUACUUAAGGUGUACUAAUAGUAUGUGACAAUCCAGGUGUAGAAAAAGUGGCGUUUCUUAUUUAAUAUAUUGUUUGUUAACGUGUACUACACUGAAUGGAGAACAGUAAUGUAAUGUAAUGUUAAUGUAACACUGGAAAUGAGACACAAUGCCAAGGAUAUUCGAUUUAAUUAUCCAAAUGAAAAUGACAUCCAUGUGAAAGUUCUCAGUCUGUUUACGAAAGCUUCAGUUAAGAUGAGAAACAUGAAAAAUUAAAUGCUAAUAAGAGUUUUGCUAUUUUACUCCACUUUUUUUUCAAAAAUACUGAGAAAGCAUUACUGUAAAUGGUUAUAAUGCAUAUAAACCCUGUUACAGUCCACAGAAUUAAAGACCUAGUGUAGGAUUAGGGUGUUUCUCCAAAGGUCCGAACAGUAAAUCAGAACAAAGAUAACUAACUUGAUAUAUUGCAAAACUAUUCAGGUACAUUUUCCCUAAAAUUAAACAAUUUUCUAAAACACUGUCCAACAAAGUGCUGUUAGUUUUUUUUUUACAAAAAUCGCUGUCUGGAUUGUGUAUCAUGUCAUAACGUUUUUGUCUAGAAUUACACACGGAAGUGAGACCCUGAAAAAACAACUGAAAUUAUGAUUAUUGUGUCUAAAUGGUGUGAUUAAUUGUAAGUUCAUUCAUGGUAACUGAUAUUAAAACCCCAUAUAAUUAUUAUUAUCAUGAGAAUGUCAGAAAAUACAGCAUUGGUGUUUUUUUUUAUGCUUGAUUUGUUAUAAGAAAAAGAACGAGCAUCCGGAUGGAAACAGUAACCCCGUGAUUCUGGCCCAAUGUUAAUUACUUUCCUAUGAGAACAUGAGACAUCAUUCUUUAUUUCCUGUGAAGUUGUAUAUAAAAGAUUAUAUCAAAGAUAACAGACUAUUUUUACCUCAGGAUUUGCUGAUAACAAUUUAAUCCAUUCCUGAUUGACGAGUUAUCAAUGUAUUACAUAUAUAAUAUAUUAAAAUUAUGAAUAUAUACAGAAUAAAAAACACUGGUUGGGUGUCCAUUUAAAGGACACAUUGUUGCUGUGGUACAAGGGAAUCACUAGUGUAAAAAAUAGCCAGUAUAUCAGCAGAUGUUUUAAUCCCAUGCGAGCAACGCAGCAAACACCCAUGUAAGUGUUACUGGUGUACUGAGACUGAUUCACUUUAUGGAAAAUGUGCUAAUUCAUAGGGCAAGGAGUAUGGACGCUGUGUCACUAUACCUGAUAAACUGGCCACAUAAAAAAAUUAAUCUAUAUCUGCUCAUAGAUGUUCAUCCAAAAUUUAUAACACUAUAAGAACCAGGUUUUAUUGAAGCUACUAUAGAAGAUAAUGAAUGUGCAGUGUAGAAGAUAGAAAGAAUUCGAUUUCAGAAAAAUAGCAAUUGUUGACAUUUAUUGCUUUUCGUACCAUUUUUCUUACAUAAACCAUUGUAUUUCUAAAGAUGUGUCUCUGAAUGCUCUGUUAUGACUAAAAUUAUUUUUUUUAUUUAUUUUUUUUAUUAUUAUUUUUAUUAUUUCUUCACUCCCACUGCUAUAUGCCAAUCAGUGUUAUCCACUACAACUGGAGCAAAUUGUCAAUGGCCAAUGAGCACCACUGUAUUAACAGCAGAGAGUAGUGUACGUGGGGACCUUUUUCUCCUAGUGUGUUUGUCACUGUGCCGUUGUGUCCAUUUGUAGACUUUAUUUUACGGUAUUUCUGAAAUGAUUGUGUUCAUUUCUUCGAUGCGGGAAAUCAUAUAAUGACACUAUACCGUGUUUGUCAAUAUUUGAGUAAUGCUUGAAUUGUAAGUAGCUACAGGCUGUUUUAUUAUACACUAAUAAAGAAAUAAGCGUGUAUGGAUA